CUCCUCCUCCUCCUCUCGCCCCCUCCUCCUCUCGCCUGGCGAGGGGGGGAACUCUGCACCGCUCCCCGGGUCCGCCGUGGGUGCGCGUGGCGGGCGCCCUCCGUCCCCUCGGCGUGGAGCUGUGGCAGUACGCGGUGCGGCUGGAGCGUCCGCACGGCGAGGAGGGUCCGCCCGGCGAGGGGGAGGCGGGCAGGGCCAGCGGCUGCCUGACCCGCGAGGAGUACGAGCGCCACACCAAGGAGAUCAGGUUUCGCAUGUACAGGUGCCUGCUGGAGCGCGGUCCCCAAGGCUCCGGGGCCGUGAUCCUGGGGCACCACCUCGACGACAUCGACGAGAACCGCCUGGAUCACCUGCAGAAGGGCCACUUCCUCGGCGACGUGGAGGGGAUGCGCGAGUGGCGCGAGAUUCACGGCGUCCCUCUCCUCAGGCCGCUGCUGCGAUGUCGCAAGGAGGACUUCCAGAGCCUCCUCGCGGUGUUCCCCGUACCCUUCCUGCGGGACUCCACGCCGGCGUGGUCGGUGCGGGGCGGCACCCGGGCAGUGCUCGAGUCGCUGGGGCUGGAGGAGCGCGGGCGGCUCACGGCGCUGCUCGACGAGUUCGGCGCGCUCAGUGCCGAGGUCGGCGGCAGGCUGGACGAGGCGGUGCGCGGGUGGGCGGAAACGCACGCCCGGCUGGUGCCGCUGCCGAAGGGCGCUUCCGGGCUGCUGCUCGACCUCGGCCAGCUCUUCGCAUUGGGCCAGGAGGCGCCCCUGGAGCGCAUCGCGGCGGUCGUCGACGCCAUCCGCGAGGCGUGGAACCCAGCGGCGCUUGCCGCGCAGCCGAGCGCCGCGGCGGAGAUCCCGGAGAGCCACCUGGGCGACGCGCCCUGGCUGCUCUUCGAGCGCGGCUUCUUCGCCGCGGCCGGGGGCCUGCUCUCGCGCAGGCGCGGGCACUACCACACCUCGGAGGGCCUGUCGGUCAACCGGAGGGCCGUGCGCCACCUCUACGACAACAUGCGCGAGUGCGCGCGGCCGCACUUCAGCGGCGGGCUGACGCAGGAGCUGGGCUACGUCCACGUCGCGGGCCCGCCCCGCAGGGCCCUGCUGCUGUACGACGCCUCCGCGCACCCGGGCGUCGACUUCAAGGCGAUGAGAGCGACGCUGGUGCAGACCGCAAGCCGCGCGUAAAAGGACGCAAGUCGG